AUGAUCGGCAGUCUCUCAUCUUGGGCGCCUUUAGGCACCGCUCUAGUUGCUGCUCUUGCGGAUGGUGUACAUGGGGCCUCGGUAACAGACUGUGUUGUGAAAACACCUAAUGGGCGAAUCAUUGGUCAUCGGAGUAGCAUCCAACCAGAGGUGUGCGAGUUCCUCGGAAUCCCGUAUGCAGCUGCUCCUGUGGGCAGCUUGCGAUUCGCAGCCCCGGAAGCGCAGAACCUCGCGGGAGACUUUGUUGCCGACUCUUGGGGCGCUGAUUGCCCGCAAAACCCUUCCUCACUCUAUGCUUAUCCCAAUGCCACGGCAGUGUAUGAAGAUGUUUUCACUAGCUUCGUGUCAACCACAAGCACGAACCAUACCCAGAGCGAGGAUUGCCUCAAACUCAAUAUUUGGGUCAAGGCCGACGCACUGAAUGCCAGUUCUCCCGUGCUGAUGUGGAUUCACGGUGGACGGCACACCUCUGGUACUUCCAAUACACCUUUUUACAAUGGCGCAAACUUUGUGGCAGCUCAAGAUGCUGCAUUCGUCACCUUCAAUUUCCGAAUGAACAUCUUUGGAUUUCCCGGAGCUCCCGAGGGCACGCAGAAUGUCGGUCUCUUGGAUCAUCACAUGGCAGCACAAUGGGUACACGACAAUAUUGAAUUUUUUGGGGCCAACCCGAAUCAGAUUUCGCUCUUCGGACAGUCUUCCGGUGCAGCUGCCGUCGGAAACUGGGCGUAUGCAUUCAAGGACAAGCCUAUAGUUGCCGGAAUCGCCUCUCACUCGGGCAACCAGUUUUCUUUUCCCACAAACACGCUUGUACUGGCCGAGAGCAAUUGGUACAAUGUUUCAGGUACAUUGGGUUGCGGCAGCAGCGGUCUCACGCUCGAGUGUAUGAGGUCUGAGAACAUUACUUUCCAGCAAAUCCUUGCAGCCGUCAAGAAGGUCCCUACUGUUGCCACCAGCUCGCCAGCUCGCUCGCAACCGCAAUUCCAAGCCACGCAGGAUAACAUUACUUGGUUCACCAAUGAAGAGUACGUCUCUCGUGUCAAGUCCGGUGACCUGGCCCAAAUACCGUAUUUGCAGAUUCAUGGGGAUCACGAGUCUGGAUUCUACAGGAUUUCCGCCUUGGCCCAGGGCAACACGCUCAACGAGACCGCGUGGCAGGAAUUCGAGCAGGAGACAUUUACCUGUGCCGCUGCCGCCGAGGGCUACUACAGAACUCAGGUUGGCAUUCCCACCUACCGCCUUCGCAAUAUGGCGGACUGGGAGAACACGCGUCUCUACGACCCCCCCUCGAGCGGCGCCUACCACGGCGUAGAGAUACACAUGGUCACGGGCAACUCGGAGCUUGUCAGCGGGGAGGCACCUGCCGAAGCCCAGGGUGAAAUUACUGCUACCAUGGCGAGUGCUUGGAAAUGGUUCGCGGCUGAUGCAGCCAAUGGUCCUACCGAGGGUCUCGGCUGGCCUCGCUACCUCCCAGGUGCGGCGACGCUGGGGCUCGUUGCCAGCAACAACACUGCUACCGUCACUUUCGUAGAUGCUUCUAGCUAUGACAGCGCAUGCCCUACACUGGAUCUGGAUUUUUGGGAUGAGGCAGUUCCAGUAUAG